AGUGGUUAGAAGCGUGAUGCUUUCGAGGAGUAGGAUGGAAGGGGCGUUGAGGACGCCCCAAAUUCUAUUACAUGAAAAUGGUUACCUUCACGCCAAGGUAUCGUCAUAAUCGGCGGGGGCGAGUAUUCUUUGGUGACCUGUAUGUCUAGCAUCGUUAGUAAGACGAAUCUUGGGUUCACGUUACAUCUACUACGCCUCAUCUUAACUCAUAUACUCAUACGUUCUCUUGUCGAUUGUAGCCAAUGAAUUCUCGAGGAACAAAAUAAAGGAAGAAAAGAAAAUAGUCAAAAUAUGUAGCGCAACGGGGAAGGUAACAAUGGGAGAGAGGGAGUACUUGCGGUGAACAUAGCGAGCCACAUACAGCCAAAGCGAAGAAGGGAACGGGGGAAUGGUGGAAAAAGAGUUAGAGUUUAGCAUAUGCAAAGGUGAGUUUUCGCUUUUCCUGCUGCAAGUUGAACUCACCAAAAGGGAAAGAUUUCGUUUUUCGAAAGCGGGAAGCGAUAGAGCAAGUUGUGAAUGCUUUGAAUUCAUAAUGAUGAAAGAAAAACCAGACUAUUCGUUUCGUUUCUAAAGGCAAAGAGGUAUGAAUGCGAUAAACCAAUACAAUAAGCGCAAAACGGCCAAGACAUUGAACAGAGCGAACAAGUAAACCGCAAACAAUGGCACUAUGCAAAUUGUACGCGAGAAAGGUUUUAAUGAAAUAAAAGAAAAACUGACAAAAAGGAAUUCAGGCGAUAUCAACAAAAAAAAAUGCGAACCCGAUUGCUUCCAGGGGGAGAAGUAUUAAACAUCACUGUUUAAAAAUGUUACACAAGACAGUUGGCCAAACGAAGGAAGGAUGGGUGAGGCAGGUACAGUGAAGUCCCUCGUUUCUCAUUUACUGCUCCUCCGAACAGGUUGAGAGUAUGUUGUUUUCAAAUUUGUUCGAGAACGAGAGAUAGUAUUUCUGAUUUCCAUUUCCUUAUUUUUCCGUGCUUAUUACCAUCAUUGCUUAAACCGAUUAAUACAACUGGAAGGAAUUGCCUAGAGAGAGAGAGCGCGCGCACGUGUGUGAGUGUAUCAAUACUAAUACAAACCACCAAUAACAAGACUAACACAAUCAGUUAUUAAACCGAUAGAAUUCCAAACGGUAGAAUAGAUAUGGGCAGCUCAAUGGUCAUUUUUCUUAUGGAAGUUCUUUUUUAGUUACCUCUCGUUAGGAGGGGUACGUGUAUGCUCACCAUUCGAACAAGUUUUUGACAAAGGUUUUGAGGAUCGCUGAUAAAAAGGCUACGCUUUUUGGACUGUUACCAGAAGCAAAAAAGCGCCAAUAGAGCAUUAGAUGGUGCAAGUGUCAUGCAAUUGAAACCCUUUUUAAUGCUUCCCAGGGUUUAUUGAAACGAAUUGUAGAGGGUAGGCAGAGAUGUUUUACAACAUGAACGGAAAGCUUGAAGCUUUCAUUUGCUCUUCUUGUUUGUAUGUGUAAGCAUGUGCAAAUAUCGUUUGUCUCGAGAUUGGCCGGUAGGAUUUAAUCUAUUGCUUCCGCCACUAUAAAAUUCACAUAACUAUUGUUAAAAAAUCGAAUCGAUGGUUUAGACUUUUGCUUUAUAGCAAAUACACUAUUUAACUAUGUUGUUCACGUGUUCCAAAAUAAUACUACUACUGUGUGCAUGUGUGUGAAAAUGUGUUCUUCAGUUUUUUUACCUUAUUCCUAUCAAUUUGAGACUGUUACCAUUUAUUUUUGCAACGCUUUACAUAUAGACAUACAGCCUUUUUAAAGUAAAUUCCGCUUGCUGCUGAACAGUUUAAGAAAAAGGUAUUAAUGAAAGCAAAAGAAAAAGUGUAUGAAAUCAGACUUUUGAAUAAAUCCAAAUCCUGCUUGUUUAACGCUUCGAAGAAGAGAGCUGGUGAACAUAAAAGUGCUGAAACGGUUCCACCUGCAAAGUGGAAGUGGAUGUGUAAAUAGGGAAGCAAUGCGUUAGUUUAAGAACUGUAAUCUCUCUUCCUCUCGCUCGUCUAUUGCAGUUUGGAAUAUCGUGCGCUAAGUCGCCAGUUAUCCACAAAGGAGCGUAAAAGAGAAUGCAAAGCGUGAAAUGGAAACCAAAACUGAAUAUUCAGCAGAGCAUGGUUGCAAUAUGCACGCGAAAGCCAAUACCAAAACUCAUCUAUUUCUAUGUCUACACUGGUGUGUUGGCACUAGCGAGAAAGGAAGUACCGCAGACAAGCAUAACGAUUUCAAACUCACAACAUCUAUUCCGACACAACUAAUACGCGAAUGCGCGCGGUUAGUGUGCAGCAUAAUCAAAACAUGUAAAAUCUAAUCGCAUCAAACAGGGAAUAAUUGAUUGUGACCACACCACAAACCCCACUAGAACUACUAACGCCUACCACCUAAACGCCCAUAGUGGAGGCUGAGAGCAGCCUCCAACCACUAACUACCAACAACUUUUGCCGAUCGAGAUGAGAUAGCUUCCCUUUCUCCCCAUAAUCCUCCAUUUUUGUAGAACGCCGAUUGACCAUUUUACUCGUGAAUAAAACAUAUUUAUCAACCAUGAAUGCUAAUGUAUGGAAUGGCUGUAUUGCGCAUAGUUGAUUAACCUGGACUAACACCGAUAACCUACCUUCUCGUUUCUUUCAGCUCUAUACCUUUAUGAUACUUAUCAUGUGCUA